AUGGCAUCGACCCCAACCAUCGGCAGAGUGAUAGCGGACACAGUCGCUUCGCUCAAUUGGCCAAAGACCGUAUUUCUCGUGGGAAUCCCUCUGGCUGCCAUUUGCAGUCUACGUUGGGUUUCUUUACAACGUGGAACCGUCUGGACCGGAGUCAUCUAUGCAUAUCUCCGCGCUCUUACCGUCACUGCUGGCUAUCACCGCCUCUGGGCACAUAGAUCCUAUUCGGCAAGCACACCGCUGAAACUACUCUUUGCAAUCAUCGGUGCGGGUGCCGGUCAGGAUUCUAUAAAGAAAUGGUGUCGAGACCAUCGGGCGCACCAUCGAUACGUUGAUACCGACAAAGAUCCUUACAGCAUAUCCAAGGGCUUUUUCCACGCCCAUAUUGGCUGGGUCCUAUUCGAAAAAAGUGACCCGGUUCAUGGUGUUCUGACAACAGGUCGAGUGGACAUCAGUGACCUCAAAGCUGAUCCGAUCGUGGUGUGGCAGCAAAAGCAUUAUAUGCUCCUUCUGCUUUUAGCGGGAUACCUUGCUCCGACACUCUUCUGUUGGUUAUGCUUCGGCGACUAUCUCGGUGGCUUCAUCUUUGCAGGCUGCAUCGCCACUGCCCUCGAGCAACAAGGUACUUUUUGCGUCAACUCGGUGGCCCACUGGUGUGGUUCACAGCCUUAUGCUGCUGACAAAACACCGAGAGAUCACCCACUCACUGGCUUGCUGACCCUGGGAGAAGGCUAUCACAACUUUCAUCAUGAGUUUCCCAUAGACUAUCGAAAUGGGGUUCGCUGGUUUGACUUUGAUCCCACCAAAUGGGUGAUCUGGCUUUGCGCGCAGUUAGGUCUAGCCAGCAAUCUGCGACGAUUCCCUCAGAAUGAGAUACAAAAAGGGAGAAUUCAGCGGAAGCGACAGUGUCUCGACCAGGAAAGCGAGAUGCUGAAUUGGGGCGUUCCUCUCGCAGAUUUACCAACCAUGAGUUGGAGGGAGUACCAGCAGCAGGCGAGAACAGGUCGCAACCUGGUGGUGAUCAGGGGGGUAGUACAUGAUGUCUCAGGAUUUGUGACAGAGCAUCCAGGUGGUGUAGCGAUGAUCACAGGGGCCAUUGGCAAGGAUGCAACGGACUCCUUUGAAGGAGAUGUCUACCGUCACUCACAGGCAGCUUCCAACCUGCUAGAUACCAUGAGGGUUGCGGUUGUUCAGUCGGAAUGA